AUGCCACCUUUACCUAUAAACCUUGCCGCGGUUUCAAUCGCCUUCAUAAAUGCUGUGCUAAAAAAUGAAGACGAAAGUAACGAUCGUGUCACAAAUCCUAACAAAGCUCAGCAAAAUAAGCUGUUGACGUCUUCUGCCGAGAAGGAGCUUUAUGAUGAAUCUAUUUCCUUACGCGAUAAGAUCGAUAUUAUUUUCACAGAAACCGAUAACGUAUCACGGGAUAUCAAUGAUUCUGAGCUCAUCACGGCAUUACAAGAGAAUCGAGUAAUAAUGCAGGAGGUUUAUAAUACUAGAUAUGUGGUUGAAACUUUAGAAUACUUAAUCGAGGUACAAAACUCUGCUAAACGUUUUCAAGAAUAUUUAAUCCAAGGUCGAAUAGAAGAAGCUGCCGCUUCAAUUACAUAUAUG